AAAUUAGGCCUGCUAUGGACAAUUUGGCGAGCGUUUAUAAGAGCAUGAAAGUAGCAGGAGUCAAUAUAUUAUUGUUAUUGAUAGAGAUUCAAGUGCGUGAAGAAACUCAAACUGGUGUUGAUAUACGCCAGGUCCAAGAUAAUGGCGAAACCGAAUUGCAAAACUUGAACUGCACAAAAAGGGUCAAAAAGCACAACAGUGAGUUCCCAGAGAUCUUCUCAGUCAAACCAGGAGAAACCUUCAUUUCCAACCAAGAAAAGGGUCCAGGCAAAGUAUGUUGGUCACUUAAAAGAUUGAUUGUUCAAAAAUUUAUUCGUGAAAGUGAGCCUGAUGAAACCUCAAAGAAUGCUUUAAAUGACCCGACUGCUUGUUUUAUGUUCCAUGCAGAUAGAAAACAGAGAUUUUAUAUAGUUUCUGCCUUGGCCGAGACAAAGGUAGACCUAAAA